AUGUCACAUAGUCAUUUUUCAAAACUUGAAAUUUUCAUUAGAAAUACUGUUUUUGGGCGAGUUAUUUAUUUCAUAACUAAUGGUAAAUAUUUCAAGCAUACAGAAGAAUAUAAUGAUUAUCAAAUCCCAUUAAAAUACUUAAAUUUCCAAACAAAUGAACCAAUAAUAGUUGAUUGGGAUCAUGAGAAUGAUCCACAAAACCCACAAAAUUGGUCCCUACCUUUGAAAUUACUCUUUAUAUUCUUAAAUUCACUCAUUUGUUUAACAGUUUAUAUAGCUUCAGCUAUUUAUACACCAGGUUUAGAACAAAUUCAAAAUGAUUUAAACAUUUCAUCAACUUUAGCAACAUUGCCUUUAACUUUAUUUGUUAUUGGAUAUGGUAUUGGUCCAUUAAUAUUUGGUCCAUUAACUGAAAAUGCCAAAAUUGGUAAAAUGCCAAUUUAUUUAGGUACAAUUUUAAUGUUUAUUAUAUUACAAAUUCCUACAGCAUUAGUACAAAACAUUACAGGGUUUUGUACAUUAAGAUUUAUAACUGGUAUAUUUGUUGCUGCUCCUAUAGGUGUUGGACCUGCUGCUUUUUCUGAUGUUCUUUCAAUGGCUUAUGUUCCAUUUGCUAUAUCAUUUUGGUCUGUUUUUGCAGUUUCUGGUCCGGCUUUAGGUCCUUUAAUUGGUGCUAUUUUAACUGUUAAGGAUAAUUGGAGAUGGAGUUUUUGGUUUCUAUUAAUUUUAAAUGGGAUUGGAUUGGGUGUAAUGAUUGUGUUUUUCCCUGAAUCUUCUUCAAAAACUCUUUUAUACAAGAAGGCAUGCAUUUUAAGGAAGAAAACUGGGAAUGAAAAAAUUAUAUCUUUAGGUGAGAUUGAAUUGAUGAAUAUGAAUACAAAAGAAGUGAUUAUUGAUACAUUAUGGAGACCUUUUGAAAUAACAAUUAAAGAACCAGUUGUAUUAUUGAUUCAUAUUUAUAUUUCAUUAAUUUAUGCAAUUAUGUAUAUAUGGUUUGAAGCAUUUCCUAUUGUUUUCUUUCAAACUAAACAUUUUACAUUAGUUACAAUGGGUGUUAGUUAUAUUGGAAUUUUUGUUGGUUGUGUAUUGGGGAAUUUUAUUUAUGUGCCAUGGACUUUUAAACAUUUUACUAGGCCAAUAUUGAAUGGUGAAUUAGUUAAUCCUGAAGUUUUUUUACCAUUAACAAUCAUGGGAUCAAUUAUAAUGCCUAUAGGUGUAUUCAUAUUUGGUUGGACUUCAUCACCUGAGAUAAAUUGGUUUCCACCAAUCUUAGGAGCUACAUUAUUUGUUUUUGGUAAUUAUUUUGUUUUCCAAACAUUAUUUAAUUAUUUUAGUAUGUCAUUUUAUAGGUUUCUUCCUUCUGUUUUUUCAGGUAAUGCAGCUAUAAGAUCCAUAUUUGGAGGUGUUUUCCCAUUAUUUGGGAAUGCAUUAUUCAUGAAUACAGGAUCUUCUGAGUUCCCAGUUGGAUGGGGGUCAAGUAUCUUGGGAUUCUUGUGUGUUUUGAUGAUUGCAAUACCUGUAUUGUUUUAUUUUAAUGGACCUAAAUUAAGAGCUAGAUCUAAAUAUGCUGGGGAUGGUGAUAUACAGCCAGAAGUAAAACCAGUAUCAAUACCUGAUGAAAAGAAGUCAAUAUAUAGUCAAGUCUAA